UAUUUAAAUGGUUUCUGAGAACCAGUGAGGACUCAGCUCUUCGGCAUUUGUCCAGUUACGCUCCACCAUCUUAACAGCUGCGGAACAUGCGCCUCGACUCGGUUUGCGUCUUUUUUUAGCCGCACACUUCCAACGGAGUUCAGCCUGCAGUAACUUCCUGCACCCCGGAGUCUACUGAUGACACUGACCGCCUCCUGAAGCCUGAUCCCGGGGACGACGCGCUGCCAUGGACCGAUCUGCCACAGUGGAGCACUAUAAGGCCGCCAUGCUGCUGAGCGGCGCUGGAGAUGCUCUGGGCUACAGGAACCAGCUGUGGGAGUACAAUUCGUCUGGACCAGCAAUUCACAAAGAGCUGCAGGAGCUCGGUGGUCUGAAGAAGAUCAAAGUUGAGCUCCCCAACUGGCCGGUGAGCGACGACACGGUUCUGCAUCUGGCAACGGCUGAAGGACUGGCGACUGGAAAGGGAGGAGAGGAUCUCCUGCAUGAGGUGGCAGCUCGGUACGUGGAGGGGAUGAAGGACAUGGAGGGGAGGAAACCGGGGCCUUCCAGCAUCCUAGGAGUUUCCCAGCUGAAGCCUGGACAGGAGGGAGGCUACAGAGUGAAAUAUAACCCCCAUGGAGCCGGCUGUGGUGCAGCCAUGAGGUCCAUGUGCAUCGGCCUGAGGUACCCGAAGCCUGACCAGCUGCAGUCGCUGGUGGCGGUUGCCGUGGAGACGAGCAGGAUGACCCACCCUCACCCGACUGGUUUCCUGGGAGGCGUGGCGUCGGCCCUCUUCGCCUCGUACGCCGUCCAGCGCAGGCCGAUCACGACUUGGGGUCUGGGCCUGAUCAACGAGGCCUGUCCAAUAGCAAAGAGCUUCGUCCAGAGUCAAGGCUACGCAGUGGAGGAGACGGAGAGGGACUGGAGCUACUUCUGUGACAAGUGGCAGUGGUACCUGGAUCUGCGGGGCCUCUCUAACGGGGUCGGCCCUGUGAUCUGGCCCUCUUCCUACGGCCCUGCUGAGCGAGACGAAGCCUACAAGAGCUUCAGUCUGGCGGGUUGGGGGGGACGCAGCGGCCACGACGCUCCAAUGAUCGCGCUGGACGCCCUGCUGGGAGCAGGUCCAGACUGGGAGGAGCUGAUGAGCAGAGGAGCUUUCCAUGGAGGCGACAGCGACAGCACCGCCGUGAUCGCCUGCUGCUGCUGGGGUCUCCUCUACGACACAAACGGGGUCCCUGAAGGCAACUACUCCAAUCUGGAGUACCGGGACCGACUGGAGCGCAGCGGCGAGCAGCUCUAUGCUCUGUCACACUGAGAUGGCUGCCACAGCCUGCUGCACUGACAGCAUUGUCCUAACAUGUUGCAGCGGGGAGAAACUAGGCCACACACUCUGACACGUUGACGUAGAACUAGCUGGUCCGCUCAGUAGUACAUCGAUCUCGAGCGCUGUCACCGAGCCGUAAAGCGUGGUGUCACAUUUGCCUGCAGGGGAGGCAAAGUGUCCUACUAACCCAAAGAGUCACAACAAGGACAGUGUGCCUCAUGGUGCCGUUAGUGAUGCUGGCGUAUAAAGAGGGGUCCCUCUAGUGACCGUUUUAAAUUAACAUGCAGGGUUCCACUGAGCAGAACGAAUCCACGCUAAUGACAAUGUGAAACAAAUACAAGAAGUCCCCUGGGAGGUAAUUACUUUGUUUUAUCAGCCUGACAUAAUAGCAAAUGCUAAGUGAGCUUCAGAUUAAGUGUGCUCUUGUUAUUGUCUAAUGAAAAAUAAAUUUCUGCGCCUCAUUA